AUGAAGCUGCUUGCAUUGACUGUGCUGCUCCUGACCAUCUGUGGCCUUGAAGGGGCUCUGGUUCGGAGACAGGCCGAGGAGCCGAAUCUGCAGAGGCUGGUCUCUCAGUACUUCCAGACUGUGGCCGACUAUGGCAAGGACCUCAUGGAGAAGGCCAAGGGCUCAGAGCUUCAAACCCAAGCCAAGGCCUACUUUGAGAAGACGCAGGAGGAACUGACGCCCCUGUUCAAGAAGGCUGGGACUGACCUGCUUAACUUCUUGAGCAGUUUUAUAGACCCCAAAAAGCAGCCUGCCACCCGCUGA